AUAAUAUACGCUGUGAAUUGUACGUAACUCUGAGCGUGACUGUGGUUUAAACUUUAUCUAAAUGAAUCACAUCCACUUAUUUUGUGCACUCUUCAUUGGGUUAUUACAAAAACGUGUUUUCAAUACCAGCUGUAUUUGUGUAUUUGCUAACACGGACACUAAAAGAGAAAGAUUGUUUAUCACGCGUGCAUGAUGCAUCUUUACUUGAUAGUUUUCGUUUCUAUUUAGUUGGUAACUUGUGACUCAUGUUUUGUUGUUAAGCUUCAUGCGCUCGUGAGUCAGUUCAGAAUUCAUCAUGUAACGUUAAUCUCAGAAAGAUGCUUUCAAGAAUUGUACCUUGAACUUAAAACAGUGUUUGACUUUAUGAGUCUUUAAGAGAAUUAACUUUCUGAAAUGUUAUCGUAAUCUAAAGAGCAUUAGUUCUGAAUUAGUUUGCUGGGGCUUUGCAUAACUGUCGCAAACGAGGACAUUACAUGUAAAUUUUCCGACAUUUCUUGUCCUAAAUGACAAGGAAGGAAGGAGUUCAGGAAAAAAUGCUUGAAUUAAGUUCCUAGAUGUGUCAGCUUUUAAAGUCACCGGUCAGUACUUUUCCAGUGAGGACUGAAGUUUGGCUCGAGUCCUGAUGCUUUUGUCUCGCUGUCUUGCGUCACGAGGGUUCAAGCGGAGCUUUGGAGAGACGCCACGGAGAGAACCUAAGAAUCAAUGAAUGAUGUGCGCUCGUGGAUGGCUGUGGCUGUUUUUGGAUGCGUUUACCCGUUUGAAUGAGUGAAGGGGUUUUCCUGCUUUAUCUUGCUAUGAGUAAACUGUACUGAUAAAGCUUCCUCCCCUCAAGUCAUUUGCUGAACAUUUUGAUGGUACAUACAGUACGUGUAGUUCUGCUCUGCUUGCUGGAUCAUUGAAAAUCUUGUUUUCAAUUUUAAGAGCAAAGUUUGAGGUGUGACGCGCUCACAGACGUCACUGCUGACUGUGAACUCGAGACUGUCAAAUACUCCGAUUACGCCCCCCUCAAGGCAAGGCUGCGCGUUGUGGCACGCCCCUCGGCUAGGCCACGUCUCUUAGCGGAACGCGCCUCUAGACUCCUCCUCCGGACUGUUUAAUAGUUGGAACAGAAGCGCUCGGAGUUCAGAAGCGCGUUUCGGUUUCGACCUCACAGUGGAAAACUACAGCAAUGACCAUACAAACGGAGACCGAUCUGACCUACUCUAAAACAAGAGGACUAGUCGCUAAUCUCAGUGCGUUUAUGAAACAGAGAAAGAUGGGACUGAACGACUUCAUACAGAAACUUUCCGCCAGCUCUUAUGCAUGCAAGCAUCCUGAGGUUCAGUCCAUCUUGAACUUAACACCUCCACAAGAUGCCGAGCUGAUGAACAGCAACCCUUCCCCACCGCCAAGCCCCUCUCAACAGAUAAACCUCGGUCCCUCAUCCAACCCCACCGCCAAACCGUCGGACUUCGACUUCCUCAAGGUCAUCGGAAAAGGCAGCUUUGGCAAAGUCCUGCUGGCCCGACACCGGAGCGAUGAGCUGUUCUAUGCCGUUAAGGUUCUGCAAAAGAAGGCUAUCCUGAAGAAGAAAGAGGAGAAACACAUCAUGUCCGAGCGAAACGUGUUACUGAAGAAUGUAAAGCAUCCUUUCUUGGUGGGCCUGCAUUACUCCUUCCAGACGGCUGAUAAACUCUACUUCGUACUGGACUACAUCAACGGCGGAGAGCUGUUUUAUCACUUGCAAAGGGAGAGAUGUUUUCUGGAGCCGCGUGCACGGUUCUACGCUGCUGAGAUCGCGAGCGCUUUGGGGUACUUGCACUCGCUGAACAUUGUGUACCGAGACUUGAAGCCGGAGAACAUUCUGUUGGAUACGCAAGGACACAUCAUCCUCACCGACUUCGGCCUGUGCAAGGAGAACAUAGAACCUAAUGGAACGACAUCUACGUUUUGCGGAACACCGGAGUAUUUGGCACCUGAGGUGUUGCAUAAGCAGCCGUAUGACAGGACGGUGGACUGGUGGUGCUUGGGUGCAGUGCUGUAUGAAAUGUUAUAUGGCCUGCCUCCCUUCUACAGCCGCAACACAGCAGAAAUGUACGAUAAUAUCUUGAACAAGCCGCUGCAGCUCAAACCCAACAUAUCAAACGCUGCAAGACAUCUGCUGGAGGGUCUGCUCCAGAAAGACCGCACCAAGAGACUGGGCUUCACGGAUGACUUUACUGAGAUCAAGAAUCACAUGUUCUUUUCUCCAAUAAACUGGGAUGACCUGAACGCCAAGAAGCUCACGCCUCCUUUCAACCCUAACGUGACUGGACCUAAUGACUUGCGGCACUUUGACCCCGAGUUCACCGAUGAACCGGUGCCAAAUUCCAUCGGCUGUUCUCCAGACAGCGCUCUGGUCACGUCCAGCAUCACAGGGGCGACCGAGGCCUUCCUGGGUUUCUCUUACGCUCCCGCCAUGGAUUCCUACCUGUAGCGCCCAUCGACGCAUCUCAUAGACUUAAUACCUGUAGCUCAUUACCAUGGAAACCCUGUCCCAUGGAAUCUCACAUGUAGUGCAUCACUAUGAGAAAGAAAACCCAGUCUCAUUUUAACCCGUCCCCAGGAGGGGGCAUUUGCACACGGCGUACGGCAGCUCGAAGCGCCUUUGUUAAAAAGGCUUGAGUUUUACACGUAUUACAACAAAAGACUCAUCUGCAUCGUCCGCAUCCAACUGCACGAUUUCUCCUCCGCUUUCACUCCAAGUUGUAUCAGACUGACAGAAGGUGAAAGAUAGAGGGAGAAGAUUGAUGCUGAUGGACUUUUAUUAUAUAUUUUUGGCCAUCUUACUUUUAUAGAAAUAUGGAUGAGUGCGAGAUGUUUUGGAUGGGUGCGUGUGUUCAUCUUAACACCCUUGGUUUCAUUUUUCUUUCUAAAUCAUGCGAUCUGGCAGGUCAGUCAGAUAUAAAUAUAGUCGUAAUGACGCUAAAACCACUGAAAUAUAUCAGCAUCUGAUGUUAAUGUGAUUUAUCGGUUAUGCAUCUGGGAUCAAAGUUGCACAUUUCGUUUUUCAUUAACGUUUUAAUUUAAAGAGCACUUCCCUAGUUUUUUGUUGUUGUUCUUUUGACUCGAGUGGGAGGUGCUUGAGGCGGGAUCUGCUGCUACUGUGUGUAGAUAAGCAGCUGGACCAACGAAUCAGACGCCUCUGUCUCACCUUAGUCUUCCAGCCUCCUAGGAUGGACUGAUAUGUUCAAGCAUCAUUCCAUUGAAUAAGACUGUAUUGCUAUUUAAGUUCGUUUGUAUAUUUUAUGUGUAUGUAUUAGUUUUAAUGUAUAUGGAACAAAAAGGUAUGCUUAUAUGUAACAAUACAUGUACUGUAAAGUUGUCAAAUGUUUCAAUUAUGUGACCUUGUUUGGUUCGCAAUAAAACUUUGGUUAUUUUCCCCAAACAA